ACAAAAUAAAAGGAAGAAUGACAUAUUUAAUUUGGCUGAGAGUCUGAGAUUAUAUAAAAUCGCAAGGUUUAGUGCCCUACCUCAAAUGUCACGCUACUAUCUCAUCUCUCUAAACCUCUCGUCCUCCAUAUCAGCUGGUUUGUUUUACUGAGUCGACUCGUCAUCUCGCUCCAAAUUCGGGGCUCUUACUCAAUCUGUAUCUCAUCAUGGAUGUUUCCAGAGCUUUUGUCAAGGAUGUUAAACGUGUCAUCGUUAAGGUUGGAACUGCUGUUGUUACGAGGAGUGAUGGGAGACUGGCACUUGGAUGGCUAGGCGCACUUUGUGAGCAGUUAAAGGAGUUGAACGCCGAAGGAUAUGAUGUCAUUUUGGUGACUUCAGGUGCCGUUAGCGCUGGUCGUCAGAGGCUUCGGUUCAGAAAAUUGGUUAACAGCAGUUUUGCUGAUCUCCAAAAACCGCAAGUUGAACUUGAUGGAAAAGCAUGUGCUGCUGUUGGACAGAAUGGUCUCAUGGCUCUCUAUGACACAUUAUUUAGUCAGUUGGAUCUAACUUCUGCCCAGCUUCUUGUCACCGACAACGACUUUAGGGAUCCAAAUUUUAGAUCACAGCUAUCGGAAACUGUGAAUCAGUUGUUGGAUCUUAAAGUUGUACCUGUAUUGAAUGAAAAUGAUGCAGUAAGUACCAGGAAAGCUCCUUAUGAGGAUUCAUCUGGUAUAUUUUGGGAUAAUGAUAGUUUAGCAGCUCUGCUCGCUAUGGAGUUAAAGGCAGAUCUACUUGUUUUAUUGAGUGAUGUGGAGGGUCUGUAUAGCGGUCCUCCAAGUGAUCCAAAAUCUAAACUUAUCCACACAUAUCUCAAAGAGAAGCAUCAGGCAGAAAUUACUUUUGGCGAUAAGUCCAGAGUGGGCAGAGGAGGUAUGACUGCCAAAGUAAAAGCAGCUGUUUAUGCUGCCUCUUAUGGAAUUCCAGUGAUCAUAGCUAGUGGGAAGGCAAAUGAUAAUAUUAUUAAAGUGCUUAAAGGCCAACGUGUGGGUACUCUGUUUCACAUGGAUGCUCAUUUAUGGGCUCAAGUUAAAGAAACUGGUGCACGUGAGAUGGCUGUUGCAGCAAGAGAGUCUUCAAGGAGGCUUCAGGCACUAUCUUCACAAGAAAGGAAAAAGAUCCUGCUAGACAUUGCUGAUGCCUUGGAAGCUAAUAAAGAAACUAUCAAGACUGAAAAUGAUGCUGAUAUUGCUGCUGCCCAACUUGCAGGGUAUGAUAAAUCAUUGGUGGCUCGAUUAGCCUUGAAACCUGGCAAGAUUUCUAGUCUUGCCAAAUCAAUUCGUGUCCUAGCUGAUAUGGAGGAUCCUAUUGGUCAAAUUCUAAAGAAAACAGAGAUCGCAGAUGGACUUGUCUUGGAGAAGACGUCCUGUCCGUUGGGGGUUCUUCUGAUUGUUUUUGAGUCUCGUCCAGAUGCUUUAGUUCAGAUAGCUUCGUUGGCCGUACGUAGUGGAAAUGGACUUCUUUUGAAGGGUGGAAAGGAGGCAAAGAGAUCUAAUGCUAUCUUACACAAGGUUAUUACCUCUGCUUUACCACAAAGAGUUGGCGAAAAGCUUAUUGGUCUAGUAACCACAAGAGAGGAAAUUCCCGAUUUGCUCAAGCUUGAUGAUGUCAUUGAUCUUGUCAUUCCAAGAGGCAGCAAUAAACUUGUUUCUCAAAUCAAAGAGUCAACAAAAAUUCCUGUACUGGGGCAUGCUGAUGGAAUUUGUCACGUUUAUGUUGACAAGUCUGCCAAUAUGGAUAUGGCAAAACAAAUUGUUAUUGAUGCGAAAAUGGACUACCCAGCAGCAUGCAACGCUAUGGAAACCUUACUUGUGCACAAGGAUUUACUACAGAAUGGAAGGUUGAAUGAGCUCGUCACCGAUCUUAGAUCAGAAGGAGUUGAUUUGUUUGGGGGACCAAGAGUUAGUGCCGUGCAAGAACUGAAUAUUCCUGCAACUCAGACAUUCCAUAAGGAGUACAAUUCACCAGCUUGUACAGUGGAGAUAGUGGAUGAUGUUCACGCUGCCAUUGACCAUAUUAAUCAACAUGGAAGUGCGCAUACUGAUUGCAUUGUAGCUGAAGAUCAAAAAGUUGCUGAAACAUUUUUGCAGCAAGUAGAUAGUGCUGCUGUGUUUCACAAUGCAAGUACAAGAUUUUGUGAUGGUGCUCGUUUUGGGUUGGGAGCUGAGGUUGGUAUUAGUACAAGUAGAAUUCAUGCUCGAGGUCCCGUUGGAGUAGAAGGCCUUUUAACCACUAGAUGGAUUCUCAAGGGAAGUGGGCAAAUUGUCGACGGUGACAAAGGCGUGAUAUAUAGCCACAAGGAUCUUUCUGUCAUUUCAUAAGCUCAAGGAAUUUCAUUCAAUUCUUAAUUGUUGAUUCCUUGGACCCCCAUAGUAGUGCAGUUCGUGUGGGGGAAAUAAGGUCUGCAUUUUUCGUGUCCUCUCUCCCGCUGCCCUUUGGGUAGUCUAGGUCUAUGUAUGUUUUAGUUUCUAAGUAACUUUAAUAACCCUUGCUCUGUAGAGGUUACCGUAGAGGCUAUUGUAGAGGUUAUUUAUUGUACCCUAGCUAAAUAAACGUUCACAUCAUAUCAACAAGUAUUCGAAUUGUUCUUUCUUC